CAUACAUAUAUUCAUUUUAUAAUUACAAUAAGGAGGAGAGAGAGAGAGAGAGAGAGUUUUGGUGGUGGUAGUGUGUUGUUGAGAAGGUUUGAAGUUUUGAUGGUGGUAGGACGGAAGGAGUUGCUUUAGAUGAAGCACCCCUAGAAGACUUAACCGCAAAGCCAAAGCAGAGAGAGAGAGAGAGAGAGGGGAAAGUUUCAAAACAGGAGGCAGAACACUCAAACUCCACCCCAACGGUAGUACUUCAUGACCAAAUCCCAAAGGUCCUCUCUUAUCUGUUCGGCUGCUCCUUUUCCUUCCCUUUUUUCUUGGGGGUGUGCCCUCCAUCUGGUUUUUAUAUUUGUUUUUAAUAUUUUAAGUAUUCUGUUUGUAGCAGUGGGUGCUUGGUAAUUUUCAUGUUCUUCUUGUUUGGUUUAUACUUGUGAUUUCUUGGGACCCUUGGGAGCCUGAAGUGGUGAGUUCGAUAGUUUUUUUGGCUUGAAGAUUGGGUUAGAGUGGAUUAUGUGUGGUCUUUUUUUUUUUUUGGCUUUGGUGGUUCAGGGCGUUCAUUUUUGCCCCUUCUUCUCGAUUUUAGCUCUGGGUAUUUCAUAUUUGCAUGUGUUUCUGUUCUGGGCAUGGAGAUUUUUGGUUAAAUUGCUGAUUUUGUUUGUGGGUCAAGAAAGAUUUUCUUUUUUAAUUUAUAAUCUUCCGAAAAGCCAACAAAAUUUUGUUUUUUGUUUAUUAGAAUAUUGUGUACCUAUGUAUGGUCACUGUUGUUUUGCUCAACCUGAUAUUGGAUUAAUCCAUUUUUGACCGAUUUGUUUUUUUUUGGGUCGUUUUCUCCGAAGGGCGUGUGUCUGAUUGCUUUAUUUUCUUUUCAUUGUUUGAUCUUUAGGGCUUGACAUGCUUCCCACCAUUAUGAUCGUCAUACUCUCAAAAAGUUGGUUGCGUAUCGAAUUGCCAUUGAGUGGGCUGGCUAACAGCAAGUGAGGAUUCUUAAUCGUGGACAAUAUAGAAGGUCUUGAGGAUUUUACGUCAUGAUUCAAAGGAGCAUUGAAAAAUGAUAGUUGUCUGCAAAAGGAUGCAAGUUGUCUAGGAGAUAUUUGUUUUUCCCAUUCAAAGUCUCCUAGCAUGGCUGUUUGCCCCACCUUUACGAAAUUCCACUGAACCUCUUGUUCAACAAUCAUCUUUAUCCAAAACUUUAAGCUUGGAAGAUGCCCCAAAAUAGCCAUCAUACAAGGCAGUUGGGUUUUCAAUUUCAAGGUCUGGACUCAUUAUCAACUCAAUCAACUGGUCAAUCUUAUUCCAAAAUUUCCGGUGUCGGAGGAAGCAACCUUCAUAGUCAUAGCAUAAUUUCAUUCCCAUCAGGGCACAAUGAAACCCAUGGUGUGCCUACAGGGGAUCAGAAUAAAGCAGCCUUAUCAUUGGCAAAUCAAGAUGAUGUUUGCCCUACUUCACAAGUCAAUUAUGGCCAGUCAUUUGCUUGCAUUCCGCUUUCUUACACCGAGCCAUACUUCGGUGGAUUAAUAGCUGCUGCGUAUGGGCCACAGGCUAUGAUUCAUCACCCCCAAAUGAUGGGGAUGGUGCCUUCUCGAGUGCCACUGCCUCUUGACUUCCCACAAGAUGAACCCAUUUAUGUGAAUGCAAAGCAGUACCACGGAAUUCUCAGGCGGAGACAGUACCGUGCCAAGCUGGAAGCCCAAAACAAACAAGCCAAAAUUCGAAAGCCUUAUCUUCAUGAAUCACGGCAUCUUCAUGCAUUAAGAAGGGCACGAGGAUCUGGUGGACGGUUUCUUAACAUGAAGCAGCACCCAGAACCCAAUUCUACUUCUGCAAACAGUGGACUGGACAUUUCAGGCUCAGCUCGCUUGCACUUGACAGGCAAUAUGUCAGAAGAACCUGAAGUUCAUCAACCAGAAGACCACAGAGAUGGUACAUCCGCCACGUCGUGUUCUGAUGUCACAAGUGCAUCCAACAGUGAUGACAUUUUCCAGCCCCCCGAGUUCAGGUUCUCCCGCUACCCGUCUUGCAUUGAUGAAACCAUGCAAGGUGUUGGAGUUGACCUGUGUAGCAGGAACCAGCACCAUCUCUCUGUUUUACGUUGAGAUACGAGAUCGAUUGACUAACCAGUUGGGCCAGCAGAAAGUGUUUGAUGUUGGGUCAAGAGGACAUGGCUGCUGCUGUCCCCCCGGGUACAAGUCAUCCUUGGCUCCAAUUGUUUGCCAAUUGAUGUUCAACCGUUUGUGGAAAGAGACAAUUAAUAGACAGCUUUGCUAAGUGGUGUCUCUCUUUAUUUGUGUGUCGAGAAUGGUCCACAAUGACUGGUCACAAAUUCUCAGCUGAACAUGUAAUAUGUUUGCUCUUUGCAUGGACAAAACAUCAUUUGUGAAAUUUAAAGCACUAUUUCAUCAAA